CACGCUCCAUGGAAUUUCUCUUCAUCCAGGUUCCGCUCCAUACCGCACGGCACCCUGCCUUUCAUCCUACGAGCUAGCUCUGCCGCAACCCGCAUUGGAUUCUACGGGCAUCAGCGAGCCGCGCGUCCGUGACGCUCGUCGGCAUUAACUCGCUCCGUUCGGCGCAGCGCUCCCCGUUCGCCUCCCUUGACGGACGUGCGCUGGAUUUCGCCACGAGCCGUUGCGCUGCCUCCCCCUCGGCUCAUGGAGGCACCAAGCAGGUUGCUGGCGCCAUGACACUCGCAUGUCAUGGCGUCAUCAGUUCGUUCGGGUAGCAGGUCGCGUCCAAAUCCACAUUUCUCUUUUGCACUGCAGCUUCUGCCGCUGCUUAGGUCGCAACUAGCUAUCUCCGGCACGCGCUGCCGACUCGUAGUUGGCUGAUGGGACUUUCGGCUCGAAUCGGAUGUCACAUGCACGCCCUCCUGCGUUCCAUCCUACUCACAUCCGACUUACUAUCCGUACCCGAUGAGUUCCCCCGUUAAUAGCACACACGGACGCGACCUCCGCUGCGUACGGCAAUAGCUGUUCCGCAAUACGAUGUGAUAGAAAUGAGCGGCGGGAGCGUCGGAAGCCAGGCGCUGCGCCGAAUCGGCAGCGGCUCGAGCUUCCCGAGCCAUGGCGUCGCGUCGGCCGCAUCCUCCGCCGCCGUCGCCGCCUCCUCCUCGAUUUCCGGAUUCCCUUCCGCUCCCUCUCUUACCCCCCCCUCAAUCACCUCCCGCUCCGCCGUCUAUUUCCCCCCGCAUCGCACGCAACUCCCCCCGCGCUACGCGUACGCGUCCACCGCAUCCGCCGCGGCUAACCGGCCGCGCAAAGCCCGCGCGAUCCUCUGCUUUCUCCUCCUCGCCGCGACCUUCAUCCUUCUCUUCUCCUCCGCCCUCUACGCGCCGUUCGCCCUCUCCCUCUCCUCCUCCCCGUCUUCGUCGUCAGCGUUGUCAGUCUCUAGCGGCCGCGCGUUAGGAACCAUUUCGCGGGCCUAUUCCAUCAUAAUCGACGCGGGAAGCACCGGGUCGCGCGUCCACGUGUACUCGUACACGCGGCUCGCGGACCCGACCGCGCUUCCGCUGGUCGACCCGCACGCGCCGACUCUUAAGAUCCGUCCGGGCCUCUCGUCCUUUGCUGAGGACCCGUCCGCCGCUGGCGGGUCGCUCGUGGGGCUUGUAGACUUUGCGAAAGCCAAGGUCCCCCGCGCCCUGUGGGCCACCACGCCCGUGCGCCUGAUGGCGACCGCGGGGCUGCGCCGCCUGCCCGCCAGCGGCGCGCGCAGGAUACUGCAGUCGUGCGCGGACGUGCUGGGGGCGUCGGGGUUCGCGUUCGACCCCGAAGGUGGCGCCACUGUCAUUGCUGGCGUGUGGGAGGGCGUGUACGCGUGGGUUGCGGCCAACUACGCCAAGGGCACGCUGGGGGGCGACGCUAGAGAUUCCGUGGGGGUCGUUGAGAUGGGGGGUGCCUCCGCACAGGUUACGUUUGUCCCAGAUGAGCCUCCCCCAGAUGAGUACCGGCAUGACGUGACUCUGGCUGGCGUGGACUACGUGCUCUACUCCCACAGCUUCCUGCACUACGGGCAGGAGGCUGCAGAGGAUGCUGCAGACGUGCUUGUGGCUCUCGUAUCCGCACAGCAGCAGCAGCAGCAGCAGCUGCCAGGUCCAGGGCGGCUGGAUGCGAACGGGUCUCUACAAGCAGGGCGGGUGGUGGGGCAGGGGCAGCUUGAAGGAAGCAUUACAGAGGCAGGGGAGCAGCUAAGGCAGGGGAGAGUGGGAGGAGAGGAGCAAGUGGCUGCAUCUGACCGCAGGGAUGCGGCAGUAGUGCCCGGUGGAUCAGGCUCUGCUGCUGCUGCUGCUGGUGCAACUGCUGGUGCUGCUGGUGUUGCGAGUGGUGUUCCUGUCGCUGGUAGCACGCUGGAAGGAGGUGGUGUGGAGGCAAGUGCAGCAGGGAUAGUGUACAUACCGGGUCCAGAGGUGAAGCUAUGGCAAAGCAACCCGUGCAGGCACCAGCUGAUACCUUCCUUCCUUGCUCUCUCACCUUCCGCGUCCUCUACAACAGCCUCCCUUUCUGAUAAGUUAUCCCCAGCUGCAGCAACCGCAGCAGCAGCAGGAAUGGGAACGGUUGGAGCAGCAGCAGCCACAGGCGCAGCAGGUGUAGCAGCAGCUAAGGGUUUGGCACUGAUUGAUCCUCAUAACCGCCAUAAUCACCAUCGCCCCGCUAACUUCUCCCUCUGCAGACACCUGGCUGCGCGCCUCUUCACGCACGGCCGCCCAGGCAGCCUGCAGUCCCCCCCCGCGCCGUGCCCGUACAGCCACUGCGCCUUUGCGGGCGGGGUGUUUGUGCCCGAGCUGAGGGGGCAGUUCUUCGCCACAGAAAACUUCUUCUACACCUCCGAGUUCCUGAAGCUGCCAGCAACGGCAACACUGGCAGAGUUUGCUGCUGCAGGCGCACGCCACUGCUCCCAGGGCCUGCCCACAGCAACAGUACCAGGAGCACAAGGAGAGGGAUUAGCAGGGAGGGUGGAGGCGGGGAUGGGAGAGGUGCAGGGAGACUCACAAAGGAGCAGCAGCGGAGGGUCUAGGGUGGGUAGUAUGUUCGUGGGCGCUGCUGCUGCUGGUGCCUCUGUGAAAAUGUCUCGAAAGGAAGGCGGGGGAAUGAAAGGCGGCGCAAGUAGGAAAGGCACGGUGGUGAGGGAGGGGGGGUUGAAUGAGGAGGGAGUGAGGGAGCAUGGCAAGUACUGCUUCUCGGCGUCAUACAUUGUGGCGUUCCUGCAUGACGCUCUGGGGGUUUCUCUGCACGAUACCAAGGUGCGCUUCACCAACAGAGUGGGGCCGCAUGACAUAGACUGGGCGCUCGGUGCCAUGCUCAUGGAUGUCAUCUCCCACCGCCCCAUUCCCUCCAAGCCCGCAAGCCAAGGCGACCGGCGGGGCGAAGUGUCGGACUCGCCCAGUGUGGACGGGAGUGUAGGGGCCAUCAUGGUUCUGCUUCUGCUCGCAGCGCUGUUCCUCGUUGUCAUCACACUAGUUGUCAUUAGCACAUACUUCCGGCCAAUUCCCAUCGCCACCACAAUUUUCGACCUGGAAAAGGGCCGGUACUUCACCGCUAGCUCGUUUGGGCAAGUAGGCAUGGGGCCCGUUGGUGGGAUUGGGAGGUCUUCUGUGUUGAGAAACGCACCCUAGACCGUAGGAAAGUAUGUUACGUGAAAAACUCAAUUUGUAUAGUGAUAAGUUUGCUUCCUAGGACAAUGAGUGUAUGUGUAAGAAAGCCCAAAAUGUGCACCUCGGAAUAUAUUAAUCAGGCCAAU